UGCCAAAAGUGCUAUCAAACAAAAAAGCAUCUUUGGUCCGAACCUGAAAAUAUAAGCAAGUUGCAUAGACUUCGUCGAAAUACUAACAAGCAUUGUUAAAAAAAAGGAAAAAAAUAAAUGUGCUGAAAAUUCCAAUUCUUUCCAAGAAUCAGUAUAGCUGCAAAGUCUUCUUUAUAUGCUCUUAUCCUUCUGUUCUCUUCUUCUAAGUUCUAACCCAAAUAUCUUCUUAACACUUAUCGAUUGUGUACUUCCCAAAUUGUAUCUUUCUCUUUACUCCAAAGUGCCAACAUGGUUGCGUCGCUUGUUCACCAGUGCAUAAGCCCUGUAUCAGCGCGAGUCGACCGGAGAGACAUUCAGAAGCUUAGACAUUAUCCCUUUAUUACCUGUGUUCUUACAAAACCAAAAAUGAAUACAGAGACAUCAACUCUUGACUCCAAGAAAGUUUACAAGGAUAACUGGUUUGAUCUUCUUGCCAUUAAUCACAUCUCAAAAAACUUACAAGCUUCAACAGGAUUUAGGAGCAGCAAGGGGGGAUAUGAUGGCUUUGUGGAAGCUGCAACAAUGGCGACAAAGUUGUUUAGUCCAACUGAGCAGCAGAAAAUUGUUAAUCAAACACUUGAUAUGGCCUUCCCUAGGCCUAUACUUAACAUGAUUAGGACCCUGAUGCCACAAUCUAGACUUACAAGGGAAUUUUUCGCCGUCUUCACAACGAUUUUCUUUGCUUGGCUUGUCGGUCCUUGUGAGGUGAAAGAGUCGGAGUUCGAGGGAGCAAAAGAGAAAAAUGUCGUCCAUAUAAAGAAAUGCAGGUUUUUGGAGGAGACCAAUUGUGUAGGAAUGUGCACUAACCUAUGCAAGAUGCCAUCUCAAGCGUUCAUUCAAGAGUCACUGGGUAUGCCUUCCACCAUGGUGCCCAAUUUUGAAGAUAUGAGCUGUGAGAUGAUAUUUGGUCAGCAACCUCCACCACCAAGCAGCGAUCCAGCCUUCACACAACCAUGUUACAAACAAUGCAAGGCAACCCAAAGGCACCAGAAAAACUGCACCAGCUCGUAGGGUGUAGCUGUUCAAAAAGAACAAGAAAAGUAAAGAAAAAUAAUAUGAACAAUGAGAUGAGGAAGAAAGGACUCAGAGAGUAUAAGAGGAAGGCAAUUAUAUUCUAAUUCAAUCAGAUCCUUCUCUGAUCAUAAUAAUCUGUCAGAUAUAUCCCAGUAAGAUAUUUCCAGCUGAUUUAUCAUACAACUCUUUCAUGACAAAAAAUUGAAAAUUAUAAAUUACACAGC